GAUUUUUUUCUUUCUGCCUUUGUCUGCAGCUACGCUAGGAGCAGUGUUUGGUGUCACCACGUGCCUCAGUGCUCAAAUCCGCGAGAAACCAGACGAUCCUUUGAAUUAUUUCAUAGGAGGCUGCGCCACAGGAGCUGUCCUAGGUGCACGAGUCCACAGUUACAUGACCGGAACCACCGCGUGUGUCGGUUUUGGAAUUGCAGCCGCUUUAAUGAAGAUAGGUAAAAACGAGGGCUGGAGGCUGAUGGGACCUCCCAAGCUGUAG